UUUGGGGUUAAUGCACACAGAGCAGUGAACCUUUUUCUUCUCUAAAACCCCGAACAGGCCAAAAUUCUCAAAACCCUAGCCAUGGCGCUGUGCUCUCUACGCCUCCGCCGAACCCUAAGCGGUCUCUCCACCCUCCACCGCUCUCUCUCCGCAACCUCCGCACACUCAGCUCUACAAUCCUCUUCCUCUCCUCUGCUUCGCGCCCCCACCUCCGAAAAAUCCCCUGCAUCGCCGCAACAGUCCUGGAGGCUCCUCCUCCAGUCUCGGACUUUCAGGUCGUCGUCGGUCUCCUCCGCACGGCCCUCGUCGUACGGAAACAACCAAAAGGACGAGAUUGACCCGCAUACGGUACUGUUCGAAGGGUGCGAUUACAACCACUGGCUGAUCGUCAUGGAUUUCCCGAGAGACAACAAGCCUCCGGCUGAAGAAAUGAUCAGGAAUUAUGAGGAGACCUGUGCUAAGGGCUUGAACAUCAGUGUGGAAGAGGCAAAAAAGAAGAUGUAUGCUUGUAGCACUACAACAUAUACAGGCUUUCAGGUUGAGAUGUCCGAGGAAGAGUCACAGAAGUUCGAAGGUUUACCUGGAGUAGUGUUUGUGUUGCCAGAUUCUUACAUUGAUGUACAGAACAAGGAGUAUGGAGGAGACAAAUACAUUAAUGGUACAAUCAUACCAAGACCACCCCCAGUUCAGUAUGGAAGGCAGCAGGGCGGAAGAUUCCGUGAUAAUAACAGGAACCGUGACCAACAAAGAUAUGAUCAGCAACGACCAUCGUAUAAUCCGCCAGGCAAUCCCUCCUAUAGUCAACAGGGUGCUAUGCAAGGUGGAGGGAACUAUGAGGCAUCACAAAAUUAUCCACAACAAAAUUAUAGGUCACCAAGACAAGGAGAGAACACAGGUCCUAUUCCAGUGAAUACCCCUGGAGCGAGGGAUGCUUAUCAGCCAGGCAGAGAUCCAGUACCUUCAUAUCAGGGCAAUUACAGCCAAGGUGGGCAGCAAGGUUAUCGUCCUGAAGAACACAGGAACUUCCCACAAGGAGAUCAGAGGAGUUAUGCUCCUCCUGGUCAGCAGGGAUUUAGGGGAGAAAAUAGGAAUUAUGGCCCCCCACAUGCUGAUACUAGUGGACAAGGUUUGAGUGGAUUUCAAGGACAGGGAACACCUGGAGCUUAUGGACAAGGACCGAGCUCUGGAACUUAUGGGCAAGGGCCGAGCUCUGGAACUUAUGGGCAAGGACCGAGCACUGGAGCUUAUGGGCAGGUACCGAGCACUGGAGCUUAUGGGCAAGGACCGAGCACUGGAUCUUAUGGACAAGGACCGAGCACUGGAGCUUAUGGACAAGGACCAAACCCUGGGGCUUAUGGCCAAGGACCAGCAUCUGGUAAUGGCCAGAGAUACCCUGGGCAUGGAGGAGAUGACAGGUUCCAACAAAGUAACUAUGCACCUGUGGGACAGACAGGGAUUAACCAAGGGAAAAAUUAUUGAUGACAUGCCAGUGCCACUCAAGACAAGACGAUGCAAGAAGGGAUGUAGGAAGACGAGUUAUAAUCGGUGUAUUUCUCAUGUUUGAUCUGAUGGGAAGGGAGAUUAUUUGUCCUCCUGAAGUCUUUCCGUGGUAAAUAAUCUGUCAAAUUCCUUUUGUGAAUCCUCUUUCGUAGUGAAAUGAGACGGUAAGGCUUAUCUUGUUGCAGUAGUUUUUGAAACUUCUAUUGGGACUCUGGUGAUUUAGACUUAUAUAAGAUUGGUUCCAACGGUCUUCGUAAUA